GGCGGGUACAGCGGCUGGGCGUGUUCUUGCUGGGAGGGGCCAGCAGGGACCGAGGGGAGCAAGAACUCUCCCAGCCAGAGAGAGCUGGGAGCUGCGAGCUGCGAGCUGCUAGCUGGGAGCUGAGAUCCAAGAUCCGGAGUGAGAUUCCGAGCGGCCGCUUCUCCCACCCCCAACUCCCAUUCAGUCCUAGCCCCAAAGGCUCCCGGGACAACCAGAGUGGGAGGGGGCCGGAGCCACCUAAGACGGACCAGAUGGAGAAAUACAAAGCCCUAGAACAGCUGCUUACAGAAUUGGAUGCCUUUUUGAAGAUACUAGACAAGGAGAACCUGAGUAGUGCUGCUGUGGUGAAGAAGAGUUUCCUUACUGACCUCCUUCGGCUCUACACAAAAACCAGCAAUUCUGAUGAGGAAUACAUUUACAUGAACAAAGUUACAACCCAUAAGCAGCCGCCUCUGGAGACAGAAAGCAAAGGAAAAGACAAAGACAAAGCACCGAAUUUUUCAGAUCCUUUGACCAAUGGGGAGUUGGGACAGCACUUAUCCGCCCCACAGAAGAGCCUACCUGAUCUCCCACCUCCUAAAAUAAUUCCAGAAAGGAAACAGCUCCCAGUCCCAAAGAUCGAGUCUCCAGAGGGAUAUUAUGAAGAGGCAGAACCAUAUGAUACUUCCUUAAAUGAGGAUGGUGAACCUGUGAGUAGCUCCUAUGAAUCUUAUGAUGAAGAAGAGAGCAGCAAGAGCAAGUCAACCCCUCAUCAAUGGCCAUCCCCAGAAGCUACCAUUGAGCUGAUGAAGGAUGCCCGGAUCUGUGCCUUCCUGUGGAGGAAGAAGUGGCUGGGGCAGUGGGCUAAGCAGUUGUGUGUCAUUAAGGACAGCAGAUUAUUGUGCUACAAAUCCUCCAAGGAUCACAACCCCCAGCUUGAUGUGAAUCUGGUAGGCUGUAAUGUUAUCUACAAGGAGAAACAAGUGAGGAAGAAAGAGCACAACCUGAAGAUCACACCAACAAAUGCUGACGUGAUCGUCCUGGGACUGCAGAGCAAGGACCAGGCAGAGCAAUGGCUUCGGGUCAUCCAAGAUGUCAGCGGCUUGCCUUCUGAAGGAGUUUUUGAAGGAAACCAAUACACUCCCGAUGCUCAUCGUCUUAAUUGCCAGAAACCAGACAUAGCUGAAAAAUACCUGUCAGCCCCAGAAUGUGGGAAUAGUGUGGAUGGUCAUCCUGAGACCACAGAGACCAAAGAUGUUAAGAAGAAAGGUACAGCAGGCCUCAAACUGAGCAACUUGAUGAGCCUGGGGAGGAAGAAAUCUGCUUCACUGGAGAAUACUGAGAGGUCUCUGGAAACAUCCAGUUACCUGAAUGUCCUGGUCAACAGCCAGUGGAAAUCCCGGUGGUGCUGUGUGAAGGAUAGCCACCUGCACAUCUACCAGGACAGGAACCGCACUAAAUCGGCACAGCAGCCCCUCAGCCUGGUGGGAUGCGAGGUUAUCCCAAAUCCCAGUCCUGAUCACCUCUACUCCUUUCGGAUUCUCAGCAAUGGAGAGGAGAUAGCCAUGCUUGAGGCCAAAUCUUCAGAGGAAAUGGGCCAUUGGCUGGGCCUCCUUUUGUCUGAAUCAGGGUCCAAGACAGACCCAGAAGAAUUUACCUAUGACUACGUGGAUGCAGAUCGAGUUUCCUGUAUUGUGAGUGCAGCAAAGACCUCUUUCUUUCUGAUGCAGAGAAAAUAUUCAGAGCCUAACGCCUAUAUUGAUAACCUGCCCAAAGGUCACCAGCAUGAGGAACCUUAUGAUGAAGUCAUUCUGGAUACAAACGAGCCAACAUUAGCAGAACAAAUCCAAGAUACCACCCCUCUGAAAGCAACCACAUUGGAAGAAUUGGAUCGAGUGUACUUGGACCUCACACCACUUAUGUCCUUCCCACCUGGCCCCAAUCCUGUGAAAACUCAACCUUCCCCUCAUUCCUCUCCCCUUUUGGAAAAAGCCAUCUUUAAGACAGAAUUAGAAGAUACCACUGAAAGCUCUUCAGGAGACAGGGAAAAAGAAUUCUGCCAAAAGUCUUUGGAAAUAACACAAGAGCAGAAACAGCCAGAAAGGUCUGAAUCAGAAGAGAUGUCUCCAAAAGGCACUGGUGUCAAAAUCCAAACCCAACAGCAGAAAAUCUCUUUCCCUCAGAGUGUUCCUGACUUCCAAUUCAGCACAGCAACAGGGGCUCCUCCCCAGCCAUUGGCUACCCCUAAAGAAAAAACUGAUAAGACCAAAGGGAUCAUUGCAGCACCUGUAGAAAUUAAACUUGGCAAGAAUAGGACUGAGGCUGAAGUGAAGCGGUACACAGAGGAAAAGAGGAGGCUUGAGAAGGAGAAGGAAGAAAUCCGGAGUCACCUUGCACAGCUUCGGAGAGAAAGGCGAGAACUGAAAGACACCAUGGUGAAAUGUACAGACAGGUGUGCCCUGGUCUGUCUGGAGCAGAGAUUAAAGGAGAUGGAGGAGGAAUGCAGGGAGAAGGAAAACAGACGUGUGGACCUGGAACUGAGCAUCAUGGAGGUGAAAGAGAGCCUGAGGAAGGCGGAGGCAGGGCCCGUGACACUGGGCACAGCCGUGGACACCACUCACUUGGAGAAUACAACUCCCAAAGCCAAAUCCCCCAAUUCAGCUCCUGCGGCCGAUUCUUCUCCAGUCAACUCUGCUACAGCUUUAAAAAACAGACCUCUCUCUGUCAUGGUGACAGGCAAGGGAACAGUUUUAAGGAAAGCUAUGGAAUGGGAGAAGAAAGGAGCAAGUUAGGAAACUAUCUUCCAAUAAAAACUGAUGGGAUUGAUAUGGACCUUGGAUGACAAUCCUCCCAAUUUAAGGUCUGGCAUAAAGGCGGAAAACACUGAGCUUGGAGAGUCUGUUCAGAAGGAAAAGAAAGAGACUGAGACAACUGUGAACAGAGGUCUUUGGCUAAGGACUCAUAUGCCUCCAUGAGGUAGUGGGGAGAGAGGAAGGAAGGACUCUCGUGUCCCUUUUUCACCAACCAGGGAAUAACCUAAAAGGAAAGGACAUUUUUAUAGGAUUCCUAAUCCAUUGUUUUAAACAGGAAUGCUACUGUUCUUAAGGAUGGUUUGUGUAUUUCUACAUACAAGUUUAUCAAUUGCAUUAUAUUGAAAUUUAGUUCAUAGUUUCAUAACAAGAGAUUUUGUUUUUGUUUUGGGGGAGACCUAAAGGGAGGAAAUGUGUAAAGAAUUCAGGUACCUGAAUGGUUCUCCUACUUGGAAUUUCAGCUUGAAUAACCAAGAUAACUUAAAAUCAUCAUCUCUAUUUGAUACUUGGCAGAAAUUAGAGAGAAAUUUUGCCUACUUUGAGGGAGCUGGCCUCCAGGGUUAGUGACUCAAAUCCAGAGCAGUUGUGCUAUAGAUAAUUCAAAUUCUCAGUUUCAGGCUUUUUGGUUUUUGAUUCUAUGCAAGUAGAAAUAGACUAGAAUAAAAAAAAAAAUUACUUUUGAAAGAGGGUUGCCCAUUCACAGGGAAGAAAAAGACUAUGUGGCUUUACUUCAGGUAAGUUAUUGGUAAAAGGCCCUCAUUCACUAGUUUGAAGGACAAAAGAAUGUUUUUUUAUUUAACAUGAGGAUAAUCUUCUACAAGGCUCUAACACAUUUUAUAACAGUGAGAUCCUCACUUUAAAGCCUGUAAACAAAAACCAUUUUUUGAAAGGAUGUGCUUUUUAUCCAUGUUAAAAAGUGGUGCCUCAGUUCUAGCUGAAAGAUAUUUCAUUAACCAGGUUCAGUGGACAGAUAAAAAUUUCCUUUUCUUUUUAUCAGGUUAGUUCUAAUCUGUGGAUUAACUGUCUCAAACAGAGGGGAUAUAAGUACUCUUUUCCUCCCAGAUGUAGGCAAUGCCCAGGCUGCCUCCAAGAAAAAUACCGUGGAAUUUGGUGAAUGGGAAUAAGAGCUUAUUUUAGCCACUCCAUCUUAAAAAGACAGUUAAAAAAACUAACAGAUGACAUUCCACUUGGUGGCCCUUUUUCCUUUGAUAGAAAAAUAAAUAUAUGGUGUAUAUUUGUUUUUACUUAAAAGGUUUUCAGACAUUUCAUCUUCACCUCAACCUCCCCACCCCAACAUCUUUGUAAUUCUCAUUGUCUUUCUAAUCACAGGGCAUUUAUUUCCUUUUUCAUAAACUUGUUCUUGAUGUUUUAGAUAUUUUUAAAAAAAUAAAGUAUUAAGUUUA